ACGCGGCGGGGCCGGAAAGCGGCGGCGGCUCCGCCGGGGUGGCGGCAUGGCGGGCUGGGGACGGCUGGUCCGGCUCGGCGGGCGCCUCUGGGCGGCGGCGGCGCCGCCGGCUCCCGGGCACAGGCGUCAGCUGGGCUUUGUAGUGAGACACAUCAACAGUUCAACAUGGUGGCACGAGCAUCUUUCUGAAGAGAAUGUGGAGUUCCUCAAGAAGAUAACUGCAGAGGAGUACAAAGCUCAGACAGCCAGCAAGCUGUGCCCUCUGAAAGAUGAGCCAUGGCCACUGCAUAAGUGGACACCAGAUUCCAUCAGAGUUGGUGUUGUUGCAGUAAAACUGGGAAUGAUGCCAAUAUGGACCAAAUCAGGAGAAAAACAUCCUGUCACACUCCUUAAGGUUCAAGAUUGCCAUGUUUUAAGAUACGUUUCAAAGGAAGAGUCGGGUGGAAAAACAGCUAAGCUGCUUGUUGGAGGCAAAAAUGUAUCUCCUUUUUCUAAACCAGAGUCUGCACAUGAAAUUUUUAAAGAAGCUGGAGUGCCACGGAAGCAGAAAGUUACAACAUUUAAUGUAACAGAUGAUGCCAUAAUUAAACCAGGUACUCCUUUGUAUGCUGCUCACUUCCGCCCCGGGCAGUUUGUGGAUGUUACUGCAAAAACAAUUGGUAAAGGAUUUCAAGGUGUCAUGAAAAGGUGGGGAUUUAAAGGUCAACCUGCAAGCCAUGGCCAGACAAAAACUCACAGACGACCUGGAGCAAUAUCUACCAACCAAGCUGCCAAAGUUUAUCGUGGAAAGAAAAUGCCUGGUAAAAUGGGUAACAUCUACAGGACAUCUUUUGGCUUAAAGGUGUGGAGGAUCAAUACAAAACAUGACAUUAUUUAUGUAAAUGGGUCUGUUCCAGGUCACACCAAUUGUCUGGUAAAGGUCAGAGAUAGCAAAUUGCCUACUUACAAGGACUGCAAUAAAAAUCCUCCAUUCCCUACGUUUUUUGCUGAUGGAGAUGAAGAACUGCCAGAAGACCUUUUUGAUGAGGAGAUUUUCCAGUUCACAGAUCCAUCUGUCACAUUUGCAUAAUGUUCCUCACGUCUUUGAAAACACAGUUUUGUUAUUUUCAUGUACAUUGCAAUGCUGUGUAAAAGUAAGCCUAUGAAUUGAAGUCUGGCCAACUGACUUAAACAUUUCUGGUAUUGCAGUUUUGGUUAGGUAAUCGGAUUUCCCACUGUCAGUCUCAAGCCUGUACUUAAAACAACAGGUGAGUCUGAGGAACAGGUUGUAAAGCACACCAAACUAUGUCUUCAGUGACCUUGCCUUCUCUGCUUCAGGCUGUGAAAACCUACACAAUCCUGAAAAACUGUUGUUUUGAAGGUGGUUCCAGUUCAUUUUCUCUUUUAUGUGAAGUAUACUGGGCAACUCUGAUCAAUCAGAAAAAGGUUUCAAAUCUGCCUUGGCAUCUGAGGUAGGGGGGAUCCAUUAAGAGUAAUCCAAAAUAAAACAAGGAAAUGC